AUGGCGGCGGCGGCGGGGAGUCGCGCGUCGUCGUCGGGACUCGCGGGCGCGGAGGCGGGCGGAGGGUCCCUGCAGGCGGGCGGGGGCCGCGAGCGGGCGGACUGGCGGCGGCGGCAGCUGCGCAAAGUGCGGAGCGUGGAGCUGGACCCGCCGCCCGCGCCGCCGUCCCCGUCCCGGUCCCCGUCUCCGUCGCCCGAGCCCGCGGGCGGCAGCGCCGCGCAGCCCGUGCCGGAGCCGCCGCCCCCCGGAGCCGCGAGCCGCUCCGGCGCCCACGCCGCCGAGCCGGGGGACCGCGACGACCCGAGUCGCGCGGGGACCGAGCCCGCGGAGCCGCCUCCUGCAGCCGCCGGCCGCGAGAUGGAGAAUAAAGAGACGCUGCGGGGGCUGCACAAGAUGGACGACCGCCCCGAGGAGCGGACGAUCCGCGAGAAGCUCAAGGCCACCUGCAUGCCGGCCUGGCGGCACGAGUGGCUGGAGCGGAGGAGCCGCCGGGGCCCUGUGGUGGUAAAACCGAUCCCUGUUAAAGGAGACGGAUCUGAGAUGAACAGCCUCGCGGCCGAGUCGCAAGGAGAAGGCCAGACGAGCCCCGCGGCCCCGGCCCCCAAAGGCCGCCGCAGCCCGUCCCCCAGUGGCUCGCCGUCGGGGCGCACGGCGAAGUCGGAGUCCCCCGGAGUGAGGAGGAAAAGGGUCUCCCCGGUGCCGUUUCAGGGCGGGAGGACCACGCCCCCGCGGAGAGCGCCCUCUCCCGACGGCUUCUCCCCGUACAGCCCCGAGGAGACGGGCCGCCGGGUCAACAAGGUGAUGCGCGCGCGGCUCUACCUGCUGCAGCAGAUCGGCCCCAACUCCUUCCUCGUGGGCGGCGACAGCCCCGACAACAAGUACCGGGUGUUCAUCGGGCCGCAGAACUGCAGCUGCGGCCGCGGGGCCUUCUGCAUCCACCUGCUGUUCGUGAUGCUGCGCGUGUUUCAGCUGGAGCCUUCGGACCCGAUGCUGUGGAGAAAGACUUUAAAGAAUUUUGAGGUGGAGAGCCUGUUCCAGAGGUACCACAGCCGGCGCAGCUCCCGGAUCAAAGCCCCGUCCCGCAGCACCAUCCAGAAGUUCGUGUCCCGCAUGUCGAACUCACACGCGUCCUCGUCGCCCAGCACGUCCACCUCCAGCUCGGAAAACAGCAUGAAGGACGAGGAGGAGCAGCUGUGUCCCAUCUGCCUGCUGGGCAUGCUGGACGAGGAGAGCCUGACCGUGUGUGAGGACGGCUGCCGGAACAAGCUGCACCACCACUGCAUGUCCAUCUGGGCCGAAGAGUGUAGAAGGAACAGAGAGCCGUUGAUAUGCCCGCUCUGUCGGUCUAAGUGGAGAUCCCAUGACUUCUACAGCCACGAGCUGUCGAGCCCUGCGGACGCCCCGUCGCCCCUGCGGGCUGCCGUGCCGCAGCCCUCGGCGGGCCUGCAACGCAGGACGCAGGAAAGCAGCUUCAGCCUGACACACCACGGGGCUCAGCAGGUCCCGCCCGCGCACAGGGACACGGCAGAGCCGUGGAUCCAGGUGUUCGGGACGGAGCUGGUCGGCUGCCUCUUCUCCAGGAACUGGAGCAUCAGGGAGAUGGCGCUCCGGCGCCUCUCCCACGACGUCAGCGGGGCGCUGCUGCUGGCCCACGGGGAGAGCACCGGCCACUCCGGCGGCGGCGGCCCGGGCGCAGGGGCCGCCCCAGGACCAGCCGCGCCCGGCGCCCCGGCGGACGUGGUGGGGGCCUGCUGCAGCGUCCUGUCCAUGGUCUGCGCCGACCCCGUGUACAAAGUGUACGUUGCUGCUUUAAAAACGCUGAGGGCCAUGCUGGCGUACACGCCGUGCCACAGCCUGGCGGAGCGGCUGAAGCUGCAGCGGCUGCUGCGGCCCGUGGUGGACACCAUCCUGGUCAAGUGCGCCGACUCCAACAGCCGCACGAGCCAGCUGUCCAUCUCGACGCUGCUGGAGCUGUGCAAGGGCCAGGCCGGGGAGCUGGCGGUUGGCAGAGAAAUCCUUAAAGCUGGGUCCAUCGGCAUCGGUGGUGUCGACUAUGUCUUAAGUUGCAUCCUUGGAAACCAAACCGAACCAAACAACUGGCAAGAGCUCCUGGGCCGCCUCUGCCUGAUCGACAGGCUGCUGUUGGAAUUUCCUGCUGAAUUUUACCCCCACAUUGUCAGUGCCGAUGUCUCCCCGGCUGAGCCCGUGGAAAGCAAGUACAAGAAGCUGCUGUCGCUCCUGGGCUUCGCGUUGCUGUGCAUCGACAACCCGCACUCCAUGGUGGGCAAGCUCUCCCGGAGGGUCUACCUGAGCUCCGCGAGGAUGGUCACCACUGUGCCCCGGGUGUUCUCCAAGCUGCUGGAGAUGCUGAGUGUGUCCAGCUCCACGCACUUCGCCAGGAUGCGCCGCCGGCUGGCAGCCAUCGCGGAGGAGGCGGACAUCGCCGAGGCCUUGGCCCUGGGCGGCGAGGACCCUCUGGACGGCCGGCAGGACGGCUUUCCGCCGGCGUCCGGCCCGAACAGCUCCCCGGAGACCGCGGAGGGCAGCCCCGCGGAGCACGCAGACCUUGCGGAGCGAGCUGGGAGGGGGCUGCAGGCUGCGAGGCUGAGCGCCAGCUCGGAGGACGUUUCCGACAGGCUGGCCGGCCUCGCCGUGGGGCUCCCGGGCUCGGUGACGACGGAGCAGCCGAAGCCCGUGGUGCAGACCAAGGGCAGGCCCCACAGCCAGUGCCUGAACUCGUCCCCCCUCCCGCUCCAUUCCCAGUUCGCGCCCGCAGCCCAGGCGCCCCCGUCUUCCUCAGCGCCCGCCGCGCCCACCGGCACGGACGGCUCCAGGCACCGGCCUCAGGGAUUCGCUCCCUGCAAAGCUCCUGCAUCCCCGCAAACGCAGCGCAAGUUUUCCCUGCCGUUCCAGCGACACUGCUCCGAAAGCAGAGAGGCAGACAAGCUCUCCCCGAUCUUCACUCAGUGCAGACCCCCGCCCUCCGGCACCGUCCACAGGCCGCGGCCCUCUCGGCCGCCCCCGGGCGGUCCCGGCAGGCAGGGGGCCGCCUCGCAGCACAGCCUGACCCUCGACCUGUGCAGCCCGUGCCGGUGUGAGGACAGCGGCGGCAGCAGCGGCAGCAGCCACGCCCUCAUCCCCAGCGACAAGACAGUGUUCACCCCCAUCGAGGACAGGAGCAGGCUGGACGCCAACCCAGAGCUCAGCUCCAGCGUCGAGGACCUCCUUGAGGCGUCCAUGCCCUCGAGCGACAGCACCGUGACUUUCCAGUCGGAAGUGGCCGUCCUCUCCCCUGAAAAGGAUGAAAGCGACGACACCUACCAAGAUGACGUGACCCACAAUCAGAAGUGCAAAGAAAAGCUGGAGGCAGAGGAGGAGGAGGCGCUGGCGAUGGCCAUGGCCAUGUCCGCGUCCCAGGACGCGCUGCCCACCGUGCCGCAGCUGCAGGUGGCCGGCGGGGAGGACGUCAUCAUCAUCCAGCAGGACACACCGGAGACUUUGCCCGGGCACACCAAAGCGAAACUCCCCUACCGCGAGGACGUGGAGUGGCUGAAGGGCCAGCAGAUUGGCCUGGGGGCCUUUUCCUCCUGCUACCAGGCCCAGGACGUGGGGACAGGCACCUUGAUGGCUGUCAAACAGGUGACGUACGUCAGAAACACGUCGUCGGAGCAGGAGGAGGUGGUGGAAGCGCUGAGGGAAGAGAUAAGGAUGAUGAGCCACCUGAGCCACCCCAACGUCAUCAGGAUGCUGGGGGCGACGUGCGAGAAGAGCAACUACAACCUCUUCAUCGAGUGGAUGGCAGGGGGGUCUGUGGCCCAUUUGCUCAGUAAAUACGGAGCCUUCAAGGAAUCGGUCGUCAUUCACUACACUGAGCAGUUACUCCGUGGCCUCUCGUAUCUCCACGAAAACCAGAUCAUUCACAGAGAUGUGAAAGGUGCCAACUUGCUGAUCGACAGCACCGGCCAGAGGCUGAGGAUCGCCGACUUCGGGGCCGCGGCCCGGCUGGCGUCGAAGGGGACGGGCGCGGGGGAGUUCCAGGGCCAGCUGCUGGGGACGAUCGCCUUCAUGGCGCCCGAGGUGCUGCGGGGCCAGCAGUACGGCAGGAGCUGCGACGUGUGGAGCGUGGGCUGUGCCAUCAUCGAGAUGGCUUGUGCCAAACCCCCGUGGAACGCAGAGAAGCACUCCAACCACCUCGCGCUGAUAUUCAAGAUCGCCAGCGCGACCACGGCGCCCGCCAUCCCUCCCCACCUGUCUCCGGGGCUGCGGGACGUGGCCCUUCGCUGUUUAGAACUUCAGCCUCAGGACAGACCUCCGUCGCGGGAGCUGCUGAAGCACCCCGUCUUCCGCACGACCUGGUAGCCUGGUAGACGCCCCAGCUAAGACGGAGACAGGGUGCUCGGCGAGAGGGGAGCUUCGUGGGCGACCACAUGGGGCACCCGCUGGCCUCUGCCGCCGGACAGCCAGGAGCGAGCCCAGCGGGGAACCCGGACCCAAGUGUGUGAGCGACAAAUCAGGGGCCGCGCCGCGCGGACCGCGGCCCAUGCCUUUCAGGGAAACCUGGCCCCGCGAGCCAGCGAGCGAUGCCGUCCGCCUGGCUCGCCGCUGCCACCGUCGCGAUUAGGUCUUGGAGCACUUUUUCAGCAAUACCAGCGGCAUGGGGCCCCCGGUCUGUGUCGCUGUUUCAACGCUUCUCCCGCCUCCCGCGGCGGCCGCCGCAGGGCUCCCGGCCGCCUGCGGCGCUUGUUGCUGGCAGAGCAAAUCGGCAUCUGCCUCUCGGUCAGGAGAUGCCAUGAGCAGCAGGAAAUAUAUUUUUUAAAGUUGGUCACUUCUUCAUGAACCACAAUUGGCCUUUAUUUUUAUAAAGCCUGGGCAAUCGUGGUUCAUUGUGCAUUUUACUGUUGGCCCAAUUAUUUCAUUUUUGGAAAUCAUGGUUCUAUAUUUUCAUUUCACCUUCAUUUUUGUUUCAUAUUCAGGGAAAGGUGAUCUUUACAAACCAGAAAAAAAAGAUAGAACUAGGUGUGAACUAGAGUUUAUGGAAUAUCUUGCUAUGGCAAGAGUUUUUUAAUAUGGAAUUUUGUUUUUUUUUUAAAUUGGAAUUUCUACUACCUUCAUGAGUCCGUCACGGCUCCUCCCGCGCAGGUUAAAUGUAAGUGAAGCGGAAGCAGCUGUUCUCGUGAUGCAGCUCACGGCCACGGUCAAGGCCACCUUGGAAUCUGUUGGCGUCUCUUCACCGGUCUGUGCCAGUCUUGCUUACAGGCAGUGUCACGGCAGUUUGUCCCCCGGUCCCAGCCUGUCCUUGUCAACGGGCGGGGCUGCCGUUUUCCUUCUGGCCAGGGGUCCACGGAUGGGUCACAACAGAAAAUCUAACUUCUUUACUCAACCACCAGUGAGCAAUGGUGUUUUUAAACAGUAAGUUUGCUUUAAGCUUGGAAAACACGUUCAUAAAGAAAAGUGAGAUUGCAUUUCAUGUGCACGCAGAUUCACUGGACUUGGGGCAGGUGUCUAGUGGCUGGUUCGCCCGCAGCUCACUGUGGGCAGGGAGCCCUGAAGGACAGCGGCAGCUC